GUAUUAAAAUGUGCGCGUUGAGUGUAUUUGGAAACUACUCGUAGCUUUACAAAAUGUUGGCAGAUUUAUUCCAGAUCAUGUUCUACAAAGUUAUUGUUCUUCACUUUUUAUGCAGUGUGAUCAACUACUGGCUGCUGAUCAUACAUGGCCAACACGGGUCAGGUUACCUUAUAGGUACCGAACGUCGUUUUCCAAGAUUGUACAAUGAUUUGAAUCAUAGAAUUGGGUACCUCAUUAAGAAAAUUAGAUUUCCACGGAAACUGAUGAAUAGGUAAUUACACAAAAUGUUUCGCACUCACGCUAGGAAAUUUUGAUUCAUCCAUCAGUUCUUGCCUACUAAUUAGCAUAAAGCAAUACAUUCGUGAAAGUUUCAUUGUGAUAUUAAGUAUGAAGAUGUAGGCACCUAGAUACCAGUUUUGUUCAACGUUUUACUUCAAUCAGUAUUUAAAAUUUUGGAAACUUACAAGAGAAUAACUACAUCUAGUAUCAAGGUUACACCUUUCGCAUAUCAAAAAAUGGACCGGAUGGUCAUGAAAACGAUGGAUUCGAGAGUCGAAAACGAGGAAGAAAUAAUGUCUGAAAUCGAAAAACACAUCAAUCAUAUUGUAGAAAAAAUGAAAAAUGAUGGCGUAUCUUUCGACGGUUGUGACACUCCAGAAAGCCCUCGAUUAAUGAAAUUAAUAGCACGAUUGCAACAUCAAACAGAUAUAACAAUUAGCAUAUGCAGCAGGCCUGAAAUGGUUUUCAAACACGACUGGAUCCGUGAAAUCAUCAUAAACUUCUGUCGACAAUCAGUGAAACAACUUCAGAGAGAAUCGGAUGAAUCUACCUCAUGUUUAAUGAAAGCUGCCACACAUGGUAAUUUCCUACAUUUGCAGUCAUUACUAAAGAACAAGAAGAGACAACAACUAUUAAAGGCAAGUCCACGGAAAACCAUACUGCUUGCUUUACUCGAUGGUAUAAUUGCCUAUAAAUAUAAAGAUUAUCCGGGAAGAGUACUUUUGGAAAAUUUAAUAGCAGGCAAGGGAGUACGUGAAUCCAUAAGAGACUCGUUUUUUCCACCAAAAGAAACAUCCCAGAUUCCAGGCCAAACACGAGAUCAUUAUCAAUGCUUAGAAUAUAUUCUGAACAACGUUCCAAUCAACCAAUUGGAUAUCAAUUUUGAAGACGUCAAUGGGAAUACAGCUUUGCAUUACGCAGUCGCUUGGCAAGAGGCAAAAGCUAUAGUGUUGCUUUUGCAAAAUGGGGCUUACAUGUGCAAAGCAAACAAAAACGGAACGAUUCCUUUGAAAUCAAUCAAUUCGCAAAUACUGCAACAGUACCUAGAUAGCUGUAUCUCAUCCAAUAACUACCCUCCUGAGCACGCAGAUUAUCAGAUCACCAUAGAUUACAAAUUGUUUAUGCCACAAAAACAACAGUUCGGGGGAGAAAAACAGGGAAACUUCCGCGAAUCCGAAUCUGUGCUGAUAAUGCGUAACGAUUCUAGACUUAAAAAACUGCUCACCCAUCCAGUUAUAAAGAGUUAUCUGUGCUUAAAAUGGCACACAGUUAAAAUAUUCUUCUACUUUAACUUGGUGUGGUACUUGCUUUACUGGUUUCUACUUAAUUCUCAUCUGUUUUGCAUUUCUCACCUGACACCUCAUAGAAACAACACAGAUGACUUCCCUGGAACCAUUAACUCCUCGCUCGAUAAUGUUUGUGAGUUACCUGUUUCAUUCUGCUGGAAUAUCAUGAUCAUUGUUUCUUGCUCAUCACUUAUCAUCAGGGAAUUGAAUCAGAUCUGGAACCUACCCAAGAUGUAUUUCAAGUCGAUGGAAAACUGGAUGGAAUUAUGUUUGUUCGCGUCAACUUUCUAUUUCUUGUAUGUUGCCCGCAACUGUCCAUUACUGUCUUCUGCGAUGGUAUUGGCUUCGUGGUUAGAACUGGUGCUAUUGAUAGGUCGACAUCCUGUACUUUCUACUCAUAUCGAAAUGUUCAAAAGAGUAUCGGUGAAUUUCUUCAAAUAUCUAUUUCUGUAUUCCAUCAUGAUUAUUGCCUUCGCUUUCUGCUUCUAUAUCCUAUUCAAAGACACCGAAACGGCCAGUGGCGUCGAGCCCAGCAAAUUUAAAUUCAUCACCACGUCCAUCUUCAAGACAUUUCUCAUGAGCAAAAUCGGAUUCGACAGUUCGGCAGUCUCAUCGACUGAAUUCAACAUUUGGGCUGAAGUAUGCUCGAUCAUAUUCACCUACAUCAUAUCUAUCGUACUUCUCAAUUUGUUGAACGGGUUGGCUUUUGGUGACACUCUGAAAACCCAAAACGCAUCUGAACUUAUAGGGAUAACAUCGCAAAUUAAUUUUAUAGCCCAAAUUGAAAGUAUGGGAGUGCUUCGCUUUUUAAAAUUCAUUGAUAAACUUUGUCAAUGGUUGUAUCGCCGUUUCUCAUACUCUGGUAAGAGAAGUCGGACGUAUUCUGAACUAGUCAUUAUUGAGGGGCCCUCCUCCACCACGUCGACUUCUCGUAAACAAAACUCGACUUCUUUUUUCACUGAAGCUAUCUACAAAUGUAUUUGCCUGAGGUAUCGCUUACAGGAUGGUAAAAUCAAAAUCUUUCCAAAUCGUAGUGAAAUUAUGGCACAGAUUACAUGUUGUCCCAAGAUAAUCGAAGAUGCUGUUGAUAUUUUGAAAAAUAAACAAAAUAGUAAGACUCAAGAGAUGAAAUAAUUUUGUAAAAAUUAGCUUCUUAGCUUUGAAUUGCCCUCCUUAGGUUUGUAUAGGUAAAGGAUCGAAUUAAAUAAUAUUGUACUUAAGGUGCCUACGUACCUCAAAUGAUACAUAGAAUUAUUCUAGUAAGUGUAGAUAUAUUAAAUUAAUAUGUAAAAAAAAGAAAAACAUAAUUUUAAGGCUGUAAUUCAAUUUUUUUUUAAUUUAUUUUGUGAAUGUAUUUUUUAAUUUUUUAUACUCAGAAUGAAAAUUUAUAAGUACUUAUGUAUUUUAAAAUAUAAUAUUGUCAUGCUACCUA